AGACGGACGCACUCAAUUUUCUGUAGUCGGGUUCGCUGAAGGUGGUCGUGAUUAAAAUAAGAGCUGCACACGAAACCAUACUGACUGGUUGACUGGUCACUGUAUGAAAGAGUGAGUGGUAUCAAUUACAAUAAGAAGAAAACUAAUCAGAUUAUCUUUUAAUAAGAAAAAAAGAAAAAAAAACUGCUAGCUGCGGCAACGAAUGAAACGAGAGCGAAAAGAGGAAGAAUAAGAAAUUUGUGUGUUCACGUAAACAAAUGAAUUGAAUCCAUUUUGAAUACGGUGAAAUGAAUGUGUAUAGUUCAUAUAUGUCUGGUGUUGAUAGAGUGAAAGCGAAAGAGUUUUGUAAUCGCAAUUGCAAUAAUGUAAAAUGAAAGCGUUGGAACUUUUUUUUCUGUCUGUUUUAGUUUGCGAUAAAUAGAGAGGAUUUGAUAGUAUUGUUGAAGGCGUUUUUUGGUAUUUGCUUCGUUCAUAGUUUUCAUGCGAUUUUUGUGUGAGCCGUUUCACACUACGUGAGCUGCCUGAUGAGAUCAACAUUAAAUGUGUAAAAAAUAUAGAGAGAAAAAAGGCAGAGAAGUGAAGAAUUUCAAGCUGAAAUCCAACAAACAAAAGAGAGACAGACAUGACAGAAAUUACGACAAAAACGACGAUUUCAAUGAACAACUGACUGAAGAGGGAAAAAUAAAUCCGGGAAAAAAGAGCACAGCAUCUGUUAUUGUUCUUCCGACGAGCAGGCGAAUUAGCGGAUCGGGUGAUUGUGCAAAUUCGUGGAAAAAAACAGUUUGAAUGAAUGGGAUCGAAGGAAUGAUGAUGUUGUGAAGCAAGCAACAACGGAAAAAUAUACUCACCUGGACACAUGUUUUAUGAAGCACCACUUUUCAUUUGAACUGUUGGAAAUAAACUCAAGUAACAAACGAAACAGGAGAAAAAUUUAAUUGGUAUUAAAAAAAUUGGCAUAAAGUUUCGACCCGGUGUAAAUAACAAGAGAGAGUUGAAGUGUAAAAUCACAAUAUUAUUCACUGAAAGAUUACGAGCAUAAAUGUUGCACACAAAUGCACAGUUUUACGAGUGAAAUCAUGAAAAAACGAAAUGUAUUCUGCAUAAAAAUGUAUCAUUGCACACCGACGCACGACAACGACCAAAGCCACCAGUGAAAACAGGACAACACAGCCAGUGUGUUUGUGUAUGUGUGCAGUGGACGGAGAGGAAUAUCAAAUAUAUAUAUAUCCAUUGGAGUAGCGUCGCGUAUGCAGGCUGAGUGGUAUUUGGCUGUAUGACGACAACGGCAACGGUUAAAACGAAACCAUCGAUUAUCACAACGUCGCAAGCAAUUAGUAAACAACGAAAUUAUGGCAAUUAUAGCAUUGGUCGCGUGUCUCGUUGCUAUUUUGCACACAUUGCUUCAGUUGCAAGUGACGAGUGCUGUUAGCUGGGAAGAUUGGUGGACCUACGAUGGUAUUUCAGGUCCAGCAUUUUGGGGACUCAUAAAUCCUGAAUGGUCGCUUUGCAACAAAGGACGACGACAAUCGCCCGUCAACUUAGAACCACAACGCUUACUAUUCGAUCCGAAUUUAAGGCCUUUGCACAUAGAUAAACAUAGGAUAACUGGUGUACUCAUUAAUACUGGACACAGCGUGUUGUUUCGCGUGGACACAAACAGUACUCAGAUUUACGAUGAUUCUCGCUUAGCUAUAAAUAUUACGGGUGGCCCGUUGUCAUAUCGAUACCGUUUCGAAGAGAUGCAUAUCCAUUACGGGCUUCAUGAUCAAUACGGAUCAGAGCACAGUGUACAGGGCUACACAUUCCCAGCGGAGAUUCAAAUAUUUGGUUAUAAUUCACAACUCUACACAAAUUUUACGGAUUCGAUGAAUCGUGCACAAGGGAUCAUCGGCAUUUCAGUAUUACUGCAGAAAGGUGAGCUUUCCAAUGCCGAACUGAGGAUACUCACCGAGGAGCUGGGCCGAAUUCGUUAUGGUGAUAAUGAAGCUAGGAUAAAGCACAUAUCAAUUCGUGGUUUGUUGCCUGAUACUGAACACUACAUGACGUACGAAGGUUCAACGACAGCACCCGGUUGCCACGAAACCGUAACAUGGAUCGUUCUUAACAAACCAAUCUACAUAACAUUGCAACAGUUGCAUGCAUUGAGGCGUCUCAUGCAAGGAACACCUGAACAUCCAAAAGCACCGCUGGGAAAUAAUUUUCGGCCACCGCAACCAUUAUUACAUCGACCUGUACGUACAAAUAUUGACUUUCGAACGAAGCAAAAUGGUAAACUAUGUCCGACCAUGUAUCGCGACGUUCAUUACAAAGUGAACAUUCACGAAAACGCCGUUAUUCGCCACAACAAAGUUACAAAUUUAAUUAAAUACGACUCAUUUUCUAGAGGGAAUUUCUAUUAAUUGGGUUAAAUGGAGUUUGCGUCAUAUCCAUAGAUAUAUUCUUUUAGCCUAAAAAUAAACCGAAUUGUAAUCACUUCAUUUUUUUUCUUGCGCCAGCUCUUCUUUAUUAUCUCUCACACAUUUUGCUCUUUUUCCUAUUAAUUAUCACUUAAUUCGUUCGAGCUGAAAAUUAAAAAUAAUUUCUUUUCUUUUUUCCAUUGUUCAUGUUUUUCUUUUGCACAUGCUAACCAAUCAACCACAACGCAACCCCUUUAUCACAAACUGUGCCAUGGCUUUUUUGUAAUCUGCGCUUCUUCAUUGCCCCAACCAACCAACCAACUUUCCGGUCACCGGUUCUACAAACACACACACCCUCUCUAUUUUCUGUCUCUUUCGCCAUCCCCAUCAACUCAUCAUUAUCAUCUCUUCAACCAUUAUCAUCGUUGUCGUCGUCAUCAACGACAACAUCGCUUGUUUCACAACAGCAAAUAGUUGGAAGGAGCAUUAAAUUGUAUAAGUCAACCAAAGUAAACAUAAGAGAAGAAGGAUGAAUAACAAAGCCGGCGCAAACAACAUGAAGAAUGAUCUAGUUUUAAUCAAAAAUAGAAAAAAAAAACCCAACCGAAUCGAAAACCAGACAAGCUGAAUAGCUUUCGAUAGAGAUGAAAUGAAAACGAAUUAUUGGUUUGGGAAAGUACAACAUCUUCAUAUUUUGAUGUUGUUGCUGGCUGCUGUUGCUUUUGCCAUUAAAUAAGAGUGACGCUGGAUUUAUAUUUAAGAUGAAUGUCAGAAAAAAAAACAUGGAAUAAUGGCAUGAGCUGGAGAAGGAAAGAAGAACACACAGAGAAACACGCGAGUCAUGGAAUGAACUUGUCUAUGCAACGUCACAUCAAGAAAAAAUAGCGAACAAUCCAAUUUCUUCCAUUGUUUCCUUUCAUGCGCCCGAGGAGUAUACACAACUCCAAGUUGCAUCGAUAAAAAUACUACAAACAUUCCCUCCCAACUUCGGACAAAUAGAGAGCUGGAGGAUGUGUGUAAGAUCGUUGAAAAAUAUUACAUGCAAAUUCUAUCAGAAACGCAAACGCUAAAAAUGAACACUGAAAUGAAGCAAAAAUCAAAGACGAGUACGAGAGAGUGAGAGAGAGAGAAGCGUUUGAACAUGUCUGUCGGGGUGUCGGCUGCUGUAUGCACAUCGUGAAACAAACGUACUACCAAAAAAUAGAAGAAGAAGAAAGACAAAGCAGAAAAAAAGACGCACGAGAAUGUUCUACACCAUCGUAUCCAUUGCACGGCAUUCAGCACGAAAUGGCUCACAAUCAAACAAUUUAAAAUGCAAAAGUGAACGAGAUAGAGAAGAAAUCGGUUCGGUGUUCUAUUUCGCUUUCUCUCUGUCAAGUAUCUCUUGAAAUCGAGUGGAGGAUUCAGUCGGGUACAGAGGGAAUGGGGCCAUCACACAGUGUUCCGUCGAAACAGCUUCCGCUGUGUGCAAUUGUGUCUGUGUGUAUACAUCUUCUAUUUGCUUAAUAAUUUCAAAAUUUUGCAGAGAAUAAAGAGAAGAAGGGAAAAACGCGACGAAGGAAGAGAGAGAGAGAGAGAGAGAGAGUGCAGCAGCUAAAGGAAUUUUGAAUAUGUGUCAUUUUCAGUAUUCGUGAACAAGUGAACAAAGAAUAAAGAAUAACAAGGAACGAAAGAAGAUCCAUAAAAAAUGAUCCGAAAGAGUAAAUUGAAGACGACAAGUAGUCAUGGAAUGUAAUGGAAUUUCUCAAAUACCUUCCAAUUUUUGUAAGAUGAGCCAAACUGAACAGAAUGCAUUUUUUUCCACCACUACAUGCUCUCCCCUUCCCCUCUCCUCACUCAAGUUUGUUCAGAACCGAACGGAGUUCGUUGAAGUUAGAGAAGAAAGUUUUUUUUCUCUUUAAGUAUUCAUGACGAAUUUUAGUAUAAUUUUUAGAGAAUUAGGCAAAGAAGUGAAUUUAUUGUGAUUAUGAUUUUGAUUGAUCACAACAAGUAAAACAACUGCAACAAAAACAAGAAAAAAUUGUGAAUUUGCCGCGAUGCGCGCGUUGCAUUUAAGUAUGAAAUGUUUCAAUAGACCAUUCAAUCAAGUGCUUCAAAAAUCGCUGCAUUUGAAAAUGUACUUCCAUCAAUUUCAGCCAUUGAGGCUUUUGAACUUCCCAACCAUCAAUCACAUUUAAAUUAUACUUUGUUUCAUUCCAUUUGCAUUUCGAUCUCAUUUGGGAGCAAUGAGAAAUUCAGUUUUUUUUUCUGAUGAAAAAUGCAGCAUUUUUUCAAUAAAAAAAACGAGUCUCUUCUGUAGGAACCUACCUUUUAGCAACAAAACUAAUAUCAUUUAUUAUAAUGAAUUCUCUUUUAAAAUUCGUUGAACAAAAGAAAAACAAUUCGUUGAAGUAAAUUAUUUCAUUUUAAUCAUAAAUUGUUCGGAAUC